ACAUCAUUGACCAUGGAAUUAAGGUGUGGAUGACCGCCGUUGACCCAGUUUAACAUGUCAGAACAAAUAAACAAGCUGCCAGUUGUCCGAGAAAGCCCGGGCCUGGAAGCCUUCGGAAUCGUAGGACAAUGAGGAAGACGUCAUGCACCUAAGCCAUUGUGGAGAGAACCGUCCAUGAGAGAGGUAGUUUUGGAAGUUGGCUGUGAGAUAGAAGCCAUAUCAAUGGCCAAGGCGACGCAGGGCACAAGCCAUCGGUGGAUCCGGACCCAUCGGGAGGGCAGAUGGAUCGGCCAGGAAACCCUGCCCUGGUCAUGGAUUCUCGAUUCACGGUUCUCAGGCAGCGACUGGCGACUCAAGUGGCAAUAUCAAUUGCAAACCACGGAACCGUAGACGAAAUCCACCACACAGGCACCGACAGAAUGUUUUUUUGGUGGUUAUCUGCGCGGAUAGAAGCCGGAGCACCGUGGAUCGCCGAUUCUAUCCAUACAGCCUCCCCCAACGAACGCAAGCACCGGGUUGGAUGGAAGACGUCGGAAUCCGUUCCAUGCCCACGCAAUGGAGGGCCUGAUCCAAGUACGAUCCACGCAAGUCUUAGAAGAUGGUGGGGUGAGGAGACCUAUCGUCUGCAAGCCAGAUUCAAGUCAGUUGCUCGGAGGCUGCUUAGGUGCCUUGCAUCAUUGGGUCUACAGAAACCCGAUCUCUCCGCCGAAAAACCUCCACGACCAAGCUCCGUUGGAAGGAGGGGGUGCGUCACGGCGUGUUGCCGAGCAACAUUGGCCAAGAUCCAUCGGGGGACAACAGUCGACUAUGACUGCAUCUCAUGUUGACGUUGAGGUGUCUUGGAUGAUCAGGAAAGCGGCGAAGAAACGCCGCGCAAGAGAAGGCGAGCAGAG